AUGCUUGAAGCGUCCCUCAGUGAAGCGUCCCUCAGUGAAGAGUCCCUCAGUGAAGCGUCCUUCAGUGAAGCGUCCCUCAGUGAAGCGUCCUUCAGUGAAGCGUCCCUCAGUGAAGCGUCCUUCAGUGAAGCGUCCCUCAGUGAAGCGUCCUUCAGUGAAGCGUCCCUCAGUGAAGCGUCCUUCAGUGAAGCGUCCCUCAGUGAAGCGUCCUUCAGUGAAGCGUCCCUCAGUGAAGCGUCCCUCAGUGAAGCGUCCUUCAGUGAAGCGUCCCUCAGUGAAGCGUCCUUCAGUGAAGCGUCCCUCAGUGAAGCGUCCCUCAGUGAAGCGUCCUUCAGAGAAGCGUCCCUCAGUGAAGCGUCCUUCAGUGAAGCGUCCUUCAGUGAAGCGUCCCUCAGUGAAGCGUCCUUCAGUGAAGCGUCCCUCAGUGAAGCGUCCUUCAGUGAAGCGUCCCUCAGUGAAGAGUCCCUCAGUGAAGCGUCCCUCAGUGAAGAGUCCCUCAGUGAAGCGUCCCUCAGUGAAGCGUCCCUCAGUGAAGCGCCCCUCAGUGAAGCGUCCCUCAGUGAAGCGUCCCUCAGUGAAGCGCUCCAGUGA